UUGAUUAGAUUUUAGAAAAAAAAAAACGUAAAGCAUAAAUAAUUUAUCGGUAAUUCGAGCGCAACUUUCUCUGCAAAAUCUGAAGCGCUACUAUUUUUCUGCGAAAGUGCAACAAAUCGAAACAACACGCUUCAUCGCGAAUAAUGAAAUCCGUCACAGAUGGUCUGAACGAAGUUUGAAACGCGCUUUCCAUCCGAAGCGUCCGCUAGUUAUUUUCACAGGCACGAUUUCAGGCAAAAGUGACAGAGUCUAACGAAAGCCGUGCAUUAUCUUCCCAUUAUUAAAGCGUUAACAAUGUGUGCUCUCUGGAUGGUUAGAAAGUAGAAAAAAAAAUCGUGAUACUAGUUAAUUUCGCCAUUGCGUGAUGGAGAGAAUAACCUAACCUAACCUCGUCGAACGCGAAUCGUUGAAAGUACCAUGAAAUUUCCACGCGAAUCAUUCUUUUUUUUUCCCCCGGUCGCCUGAAUGGAGAGAGGCGUUCUGCCAAAAGUUUUCGAACGAAAAUAACGUGUUCAUAAACGCGACCGACACGAAUUCAUCGGGGACGCCCCUAGGGAAUACGUACUCGUGGUUUAAUAUCGAAAAAGCUACGUCGGUAUCGCUCGGUUUUAACUCGAUUUGGAAGGCAUGACGCGAGUGCAUCGAGAACGCUAAACCAUUUUCGUGCAACCUUGUCGGAGCAAGGUGGUCGCAUAUGGCCGUAUACACCUGCCACGGACUAAACGUCGCGCAACUGGUGCAAUCGUUCUUCGACGUCGCUCUAAAAUCGUGCGUAAAAAAACAACAAGAUGUUACGAUCGAUGGACGUUCCGUUGACAACUGGAAACUCGUCACGCGAAAGUGCUGACCGCGAAACGACUGAGUUUUUUUAUCAGAAGAUUUAUUUUUAUGAACUGAAAUUUUUAUUACUCUUAGGGAAAUCUGUGGGACCAGAUUUAGAUCUAAUGAGAUGGAGAGGCAUGUUCUAUUAAUUGCUCCGAAUAAUUGCUUCGAGGAUAGUAAAUUUAGAAAGGUUCGGGAAGCUCGUUUCUAUAAAUAUCUUGGCUCUUUUGUGAUGUAGCACAUAUUGCCUGAAAGCCAUCACUUUUGUCAUUUAAGAAAAUAAAAUCCAUUAAAAGUUUCGAAAUUUUGAAAGUUUGAAAUCAAUUUAACAAUGACGCACCAUGUGCGUCGUGGACUAUUUCGAUGACACACCAUGUGCGUCAGACGCUAUCUAUGCAAUGACGCGCCAUAUGCGUCUUACUGAAAAGUUAAAAUUUCGUAACCCGAACUUGGAAUGGAUUAAAACUUUUGAUCACUCUACUGAUGAGAGGCAUUAUUGAUACUUAAUCGAGGUAUCCUCUUAUCAGCCAACUUGCAAAAUGAUUACCGAAACAAAGCAUAGAGGGUAAAGCAUUCUUUUUUUCUCCUUCUUGUGUACGAUUAAGAAAUCGUGGAGAACACGCACACCGGUCAGAGAACAGGAGAAGAGGCACACAAUUCCCCUCUCCAUUCACCUCAUGGUGAGUAGUCGGAGUCCUGGUUGGCUAUAGCCCAGAGUUCGGCGUCACAGUCAAACGCAAACAGUGGCCGCGGUGAAACAGAUCGUGGCGCGAAUGCUGGAAAAAUCGUCGGGAAAGCCGUCGAAAACGGUAUGCGAGGAGUUUGAAUCGACCGCGUCCACGAUCCCGGUGUGUCGCGAUCAUCGGCGUGAAUUUCGCCGGAAUUUAUCGCGAUUAAUCCGUGCUUUGAUCGAUCGAACGAACGAACGAAAAAUAUCGAAAGCUAACGGCGCGUACCGAUCUUUAAUUGAUUGGUAAUCGUCGACGAGUUCGACGUCGAAAAUUAUCUGCCUCGAUGGCUUCCAUGGAUGUUGAAGUGUCUUCGAGUGCGGUUCAGUCUCUGGAGAACGCUUCUUAGCUGAUCUAUGAAAUCGUGUUCCUUCUUCUUGUAAAUCCAGUGAACGGUGAAAAAGCAAUCGAGAUGGGGGUGAAGAAUUUUAUAAUGAAGAGGAUACCCUUCUGCAAGAUGAAGGCGAAGAGGAAGUAUCAUGGAACGAACACCGCGACUCCGGUGCAGAACAACGCGCAACCGGAACACGGGGCGGAUUUUGACAACGCCAGCGUUGGUAGCGGAAACUCGAAUCUCAGCACGGGCGCGCUACAGAACAUCAGAGAGCAAAUGGCAGCCUCGUUGGAACGGAUGAAGGAGCUUGAGGAACAGGUCAAGGCGAUUCCCAUGUUACAGGUGCAAGUAUCGGUGCUGAAAGAGGAGAAGCGGAAUCUGCUGCGACGGGUCGACGAGUUGAAUUCGUGCAACGAAACGUUGCACAGGCACCGGAGCCAGUCGUUCUCGGAACAGCGAGCAUCGAUGCGAAAUCUGAAGAACGCGGCUGCACCGACCAGAGACGCGGGGACGAUGUGUGGCGUAAUGACGCGGGACGUCGGUGUUUCGCACCAGCAGGUUCGAACCCGAGAUAUCGGAAUGGUAACCAGCACGCCGAUAAAACAAUCCCUACAGAGGAGUCGAUUGCAGAUCGAAGAAAUCGUACCUGAAAUAAAAGACCGGAGCACGUUGUUCGACAGUACCUCGUCGAGCUUCGACCGGCUCUAUUCCCGCGACAGUUGGAGGUCCACUUUAACCCGUAGCCAACUGAUGUACGAGGAAAUAGCGCCGGAAACGAAGGCGAAAAAUCGUUUGAUAAGAAGCCCACUUCAAGUGGAAUCGAUUCCGCCGAUCAGCCCUAAAUUGGUCAGGGACGCGAGGAAAUAUCGGGAUAUCGGUGUAAAUACGAGGAACAAGUUGAAGGACCUGGUACAUAGCCGGUUCGUUAUAGAGGACAUAUCACCAGAGGUGAAGAAAGAAGUUAGGAAAAGAUCCAUUGGUACCGCGACCAGUUUGAACAUGAAAGACGUACUGACGAACGAGGACGUUGCGGUGAUCGUGGACGAUGCGCUGAGGAUUUAUAAGAGCAGCCUGUUUAAGGACACCGCUUCCAGGGGAAGCCAGUGUACCCUCGACCAGGUAAAAAUGAUCGAGAAGAGAGAUCAGUUUACUCAGAUCGCGGAACCGUUCCGAAUGAGGACGAACGUGGGUGUGAUGGUGAAACCAAGGGUGUCUGAAAUUGGAAUCGAGGUUAGAACCGGUCCAGGUACGAGAAGCAUCGCUGUCGGUCCGGAUCCAUUGGCUACUCAAUCUCUGUCGCUUCAUUCCUUGAACUCGAGGAGUCAUUCGUUUAAUUACGGUGAGAGUAAUGUUAAAAGGAAAAGUACGAAAUCCGUCGGCGUGAUGGUCGACGAUUUAAUAAGGACCACGGUGAAGAGCACCGACACUUCCGGUCUGGCGCCUAAGAAACGGGAGUUCGGUACGUCGCCGAUAAAAAAGAAAUUCACCGACGUCUCGGUCGGCGAGUCGGUAAAACCGCACAUUUCCAUCUCCUGCGCGGCCAACUAUUGCGAUAACUGUAAGGAGACGAUCAAAAAUCUGGCCAAGCAAAUCGUUAAUAACGCGGAGAACAAUAUGAACCAUCAGAACACGCAGAAUCUUGUCUCGAGGAUACCCAGGCCGUCGCAUAUUCCGUUGAACAACUCCGCUGAUCAGAGGAGACAGUUUAAGCGACAGGACACUUAUACCAAGAUACCGGCUGCGGGUGUGAUAAGAUACGAUGUUGAUAACAAGGAGCACUAUGACAACAGUAAUCGUAUCCAACAACUGCAAGGGGAAAAAGGUAAAGAUGAGAAAUCAGAGGAUAUAUACACUGGAGAGAAACAAGCAGACAACGAAGAGAAGCAUGAGCUUCCAGAAUCUGCUCUGUUUCAACCGAUACAAGAGAAACCUAGGAAAAAGGUUGAACCUACAAAGGAGAUGCAAGCCGCCAUGAAAGUUCUUAAUGAUAGUCUUAAAAAAUCACCCAGCAAAAAUAUCUCCCAUCAAAUGAAAAAUGCUAUCAACAUUAUUCAGCAGGAAUGGUUCAAAAUCUCUAGCACUGUGAAUGCUAAUCCUUUAGAGGUCGAAGACUAUCUGGAUUGCUUCGAAGAAUGCUCCAGCUGUUUAUUAGAGUACAUUGUUAACAUGACUGAUUCCAGUGGAAACACUGCAAUGCAUUAUGCAGUUUCGCAUGGAAAUUUUGACGUUGUGUCUAUACUGUUGGAUUCGAAAGUCUGCGAUAUUAACAAAGCAAAUGUGGCUGGAUACACGGCUGUGAUGUUGGCAGCUCUGGCUGAAGUCAGGAAUUCUACCCAUGCUUCAGUGGCCAACAGGUUGUUCCAACUUGCUGAUGUUAAUAUCAGAGCAAAAUUACAUGGUCAGACUGCUUUAAUGCUAGCAGUAUCUCAUGGCCGCAAAGAUAUGACUCAGUUACUCUUGGAUGCUGGAGCAGCGGUUAACAUUCAAGACGAAGACGGCAGUACAGCCUUAAUGUGCGCUGCAGAACACGGACACACUGAUAUUGUGCGAUUGUUACUCGCGCAUCCAGACUGUGAUCCAUCUAUCGUUGACAUAGAUGGUAGUUCCGCUCUAAAAAUUGCGUUAGAAGCGGGCAAUCGGGACAUCGGUGUGUUGCUAUACGCUCACGAGCGUGUAAACAGAGGUACAAGUCCUUAUUCGUCGAUGAGACGAAGCAGUAGAAGAGGAUCCAAGCCGACAACACCUACAGGUCCUUCUCCAUCAGCGCCAGUCAGCCCUGCUCCAUCACGAAGAGUUCAUUCGUCAACCACGUCCCUGAACACAUCAAAAUAUUCUUCUAAAUAAUUUACAAGACUUUUAUUGAUAUUUAACGUAUUAGUUUGAAUGAUCAUACGAAUAAGCAAUAAUACAAUCGGCGUUUCGUGUUUCCUAUAUUUAUUGCAAACGUGUUUUAGUAUUUAUCGUCGAUUUCUGGUGACAAACGAUCAUGAUCUUGCCUAAUAAUCCAUUAGCCCUGAUACAAGCGUUUAAUUUAAGACAUAUAUAUUUUACCUGCUCAACUUUGUAUACAAUUAUUCGAGAGGAAGUUUGGAAUAUAUUGUUUUGUAAAGUUAGUUUAUAGAAAAGGAUCCGUGGGAAACACCAUUGCCACGCGAGAUUAGCUUAUAGGAGAGAUAUGUAUAAACGGGUGAAACUUUUUUCUAGGUGCUGACCGAGUAAAAAGCGAGGUCAUUUUUUCAUUGUUAACAAAUUUUUAUACAUUGUCACGAUUAACGGACACCCUCAAAAUUUGAUUCUUAAAUUUUAAACACUGUGAAAGUACAAAAGCAUUUUAUUAUUCGGUCACGGUGAAAGAAUCAAGUAACGUCUUCCAAUGAUCCUGUGGCAUUAAACAUUCCAAAAUGAAACAUUGACGUACAAUCCGAAUUUCUUACCGCUGAAAUCUUUUCCUCACACCUAUCUCUAAUGUAUUCGAAUUUCAGGCCUAAUUUCCAUUAAAUCUGGGGGAUCAAACUGCAGUAGAAUAAUUGUGUACUGAUACGGAAACGGAAAUACAUAAGACAUCCAUGCGUACAAUGAUUACACGGUGCACAAACAAAACGUGAGAUAUUAUAAUUCUCAUGGUCAAUGUUGAAUUUAUAUACGAGAAAUAUUCGUAGAACCUAUUGAUCGUCGUUCGAUGUUUUAAGUAGAAAUGUUAUAGAUGUGAAAGUAUAAAUAUGAUACCUGUGAAUGAUGUAAAAUAUUCGAAGGGCACACAAGAGAAAUUUAACUAAGUUUUAAUAGUUGUUGAAAUUUUUUCCAAGGUACAAUAUAUAUUACAUGUAUGUAUAUGGGGGAAAAAGAAGAUACGAAAAAUAUUUAAUUUCAUUCCUCGUUUACGUGUGUCAUCCUCGCGUUAGGAAUUGGAUAUUUAAGAACGUUGAACGUUUUCUUAUAUAGGGUUGUGAAUAUCUAGAAAUAACGAACGUAUUUAGGUUCAACAUCAAAGAUUUAGGUUAACAUUGUAAUAAGUAUUCCUAUCGUUAAGAAUCUGUAAUAACAUUAAGUGACAAUUAUACGUAUAUCAAAGAUAUAGCACAGAAUCAAGUAAUAGAAUCGUAGGGAUCUAGAAAGUAGAAUACUACUUUUCAUUGUUUGUGCCUUUAUAUUUAACAUGUAAUUGAUAAUAAACUCAACGAGAAAUAAUAUGAAAUGAUUGCAUAUUCUUGUGGUAUGUAAUUACAUGUCCCAGACAAUGAAAAUGGAUCGUUCCUACAUGACAACAUAAUAAGGGGUCUUACGUAACAUUUCCCCACGUUAAAAAAAAAAGAAAAAA